AUUAUGAUUGUCUUUCCCACGUAUUACAAUACAUUUAACUUAUUCAUAACUAGUGCAGUGAUACUUUGUAUUCGAAAAAAAACGACCUUAUCACAAAAGACGCAAAAGUAACCGAUUGGAAGCUGUACCACUAUACGCGGUGCGCAGCGUGAAAUAAAGGGCAGAGAACUGAAAGAAUAUUACAAUAAAUAGCAUAAUCGCAUCACUAAUAUCAAAUCGUGAUGCGCUCUUACUUUUUUAUGAGGGUAUUUAAUUAAGUCUUUCAAGCCUCUGUAUUAUUUAUUGAUCUUCAGAGGGAAAUAAUUCAAUUUGCCAAAGAAUGUCUAAAAUCAUACUUUUCAGACGUAAAUUACCAAUGCGAAAAAAUGAUUUUUAAACAUUUUCUAGUUUCAAGGUAAAUCACAUCAAUAACUGAUUAUAUACUUGUUAGCAUUGCAUACUUAAAUUGUUUCUCGCCGAUUGGUUUCGAGUCUAUACUUAUCGAUAUUCGCGUAGCCGAGUGUUGCCAUCAUUGGAAUUCGGUUUACCUUACGGAAACGAUAAGCGUGCGGAUGCUGUAUGAGGUCACCAUCAGGGCGAUAGAGAAAAGGGCAGUUAUAAUUUAUACAGUCAUUCGGACGUGAACCGUCGAAGUCGCCAGUCGCACUUUUACAGUGGUCUUAGUAGUCUUUUAUUUGAAAUCUCUACGAAACUUUCCUUCCGAUAUUCGAUUCAAAACUGCCGGUCUGUAAAAGACUUGAUGUAGAAGCACCAAUAUAUGCCUAUAUACCUGCUGAGCUGAUCUUACUCAAUAGAGUAAAAAUAACGUAGCUGAACAAAAAAACUGCACCGAUCGUAUUGAUUGCUACUAGAGUAUACUGUGGAAAUAAAAGCUAGGCAUGAUGACCGAGGCUAAUGAAGGAAAGAAACUUAGCGACCAAGAUCGAAUGGACUACGAAAAGAAAAUGGAAAAUUUUGAGUGUCCCUAUACGUGGGAGCUGUCGAGUGAACUGAAAAAAGACAUAAACAUGGAGUGGAAUCUUCGCGACCAUGAAGACGUCAUUCCACUGAUGAAGCUGAUGCGCUGCAUUGUGCAUGUGUACGAAUACACAAAAAAUAAUGAAGACCUACAAGUUAUACUAAAAUUACUGAGUGAGUGCGAUAAGGUGAUUAUUGAAAUUCAAGAAAGUGCCCAUCCAGAAAUUUCGAUUGAAGCUGUACAAUUUAUCUUGAGAUCAACAAAAUGUUUCGUCUUCCUGCACUUCAAAAUGGAGCCAGAACUGAAACAAAUUUUUGCUGAGACCAAGAGUAUAGAUACGUUUGACAAGAAGCAGACGAGCACGAUAAAAGCUUGCAAAAGCAUCGCCUGGUCAAAAUAUCCGGGAACGAAAGAAUCCAUCGAAUUUAUACGCGAAGCGAUAGCAGACAAUGCCAACUGCGAUCUGUGGUACUGUAUUUUGGGCAAAUUGUUGCGAUACAAAAGACGAACUCCUCUAUUUUAUGCCGAACCAGACGCCGAAGAAAUAGAAAGCUUCGAAAAAGCAUAUGAUAUUAUGAAAAAUCCGAUCUACGGGGUGUUUCUUGGCAAAGCUUACAGCGAGAAGAAAAAACACGAUGAGUCUUGGGAAAUUUUUAAGAGAGUUUUGCCGAACAUACCUCAAAAUGACACGCUCUUGUUGAUAGUAGCCUUAGGUUUUAUUCAAAUGAAAGAUUUUCAUAACGCGAAGAAUUGUCUUGAUAAAGUUGCAAAAACAUCUGAUAGUAUGUACUUGCAUUAUAAAGGCCUGUAUCUUUCCAAACAGGGACAAUACGCGGAGUCUUGUUUAUUUUUCGAAGAAGCAAUCAAAGACAACAACUACCAAGCAGAAUAUAACUAUAUAUUUGCUAUACAAAAGAGCAAAAACAAAGACUUUAAUCUAACUCACUACUUGCUACAAAUGUUGGACCGGUAUAGAAAUUGGUCUAAGGACGUGCUACAGAAUAUUACUCUACAUCUAGCUUAUACUUAUUUCAAAAAGGAUAACAAUAUAGAGGAGUCUCUAAGGUACUUCUUGGAAGCAAUCGAAGUAAACCCUGAUGCCGCGUGCCUCAAGGAAUUAUAUCGUCCGAUUUUUUUUUGCGCCUGGCCUCAAAAUAGUAUCUAUGCAAUUCUAAGUAAAGAUGUAUUACCAAUUGUUUGCAGGCAACCAGAUAGGCUUGAUGAGGUAACCGUAACAAGAGCGAUAAAGAUAAGUGAAUAUUGUAACUAUCAUACUCAACUAAUGUAACAAAUUCGACGAGAUUAUUUUCUUUUAUAUUUAUAUUGAUGAUUAUAUUGUUUUUUGAAAAAAAUAUUUACAAUAUUGACAUAGAUUUUAUAUAAGUAUUUAUAUAAUAUAUAUUAUAAGGUAUUUCAAAAGACAUUAAUAAAGACAAUUUGUAAACAUAAUAUUGAAAAGGAGUUAGGUGAUUCAAGCUCGUUUGAAAUCCAAAUGGAAAAUUUGAAUAGAAAAUAACGAUCACAAUAAUGGUUAGAAAUUUUUUAAUUUAUUCAUUAUCAUCAAAAGGCAAUUUUGUUUUGUAUAAAGUUUGCACGUUAAAAAAUAAAUAAGGUAUCUAUAGAUGAGACAUAUGGCGAGCGGAAGUUACACUCACAAUAGCAUGUGCAUUGUAAGUCGAUGCAAAGGACGUUUUCUAUAAGGAAAAUAUUACAGAUCA